AUGGCUAUGCUGGUAGAGGACGUGAAUAGACGGGAAAAAGUGCUGCAGCAGAGCUAUUUAGGCGAGAAGAGGGAGAGGGAAGUCAUGGCGGAGAAAUACUACGAGUUAUCUGGUCGAAUCCGAGUGUUCUGUCGCUUAAGACCGGGCAAGGAGAGUGAGGAGGACGUGCAGACGCCGGCGUUGAUCAUGCCACGACCGAAUAAUCUGCUGGUGGCGAGUUCUGGCAAGGAGUUUGCGUUUGAUCAGGUGUUUGGGCCUCACAGCACUCAAGCAGAGGUGUAUACACAGGUUGACCCUUUGAUUUCGUCGUUUACGGAUGGAUACAAUACUUGUAUAAUGGCGUACGGACAGACAGGAUCCGGUAAGACUCACACGAUGGUGGGCAAUGAGCAAGGCCCGCUGGAGCACCGGGCCAACGGCCUUACAGUACAUGCCAAUGCUGGAAUGAUCCCUAGGGCACUACAGCACGUCUUUGCCAUGGUGAAGAAGCGACAAAUGACGUAUGUGGAUUCAUUGCGUGUGAGUAUGGUGGAAAUUUACAACGACCAGAUCCUGGAUUUAUUGCACGAAGGUAGCACUGGAAGUGGCAAGAACGCUGUGGCCAAAUGUGAGACGGAUAUUACAGCUCGUGAGGUGAAUGGCUACGCACAAGUGGAUGCUGUAAUGCGUGACGGAAACGCCAACAGGAAUAUUGCAGCUACCAAGAUGAAUCUGGAGAGUAGUCGCUCCCAUGCGCUUGUGUUCUUGCACCUUGAGAGCCAGCAUCGCGAGACUCGCGAGGUGCGCAUGAGUACGUUGUGUUUGGUUGAUUUGGCUGGUUCGGAGCGUAUUUCUCGGAGUCAAGUGGAAGGCGAACGCUUACGGGAGACGCAGCACAUUAACAAGUCCCUGGCAGCGCUUGGAGACGUAGUUUACGCGCUGCAGCACAAGGCGAAGCACACACCGUACCGGAAUUCUAAGCUCACAUACAUGCUACGAGACAUGCUGUCUGGACAAGCGAAAACACUGUUGAUGCUGCAGUUGAGUCCCAAUACAGCAGACGUGGAGGAGACGACGUGCUCUUUGCAGUUUGGUGCUCGUGUAAGCCAAGUGCAGAUGGGUGCUGUGAAGCCUAGUGUGGAGAGUGGCGCGCUUUUCAAGUUGCAAGAAGUGAACCUAAGGAGGCAUUAG